ACUGCCGACAUUGCCGAAUUAAACAUAGAGCUAAUCAGAAGAUUUGGAGUAAUUUUAAGGACAAUGGUUUGUGGUUGGGCUAUAGAAAUAAAAAUUUUCGAAGAGUAUUCAUUAAAUACAGCAGAACUUUAUGUUUCUCUAUACAUGUGGUAUUAUAUGCCAGCUUCAGUGCAUAACAUUUUAAUACAUGAUGCAGAUGUCAUACGUUUUGCCAUUUUACCUAUUGAUCAAUUAUCAGAGGAGGCACAAGAAGCCCGAAAUAAAGAUUUCAAAAAUAUUAGAGAGUAUCACACACGUAAAAUGAAUAGAGUAGUACAAAAUGAGGAUUUAUUUAAAAUGUUAAUUGUAUCUUCUGAUCCAAAUAUUUGCAGUUUUAGAAUGAUUAAGUCAAAAAAAAGUACAUGUACUAUGCUGCAGCAUAUGGACAAUGAUGUUCGGUCACUUAUUGAAUUGUAUCACAAUAAUGUUAUAGAAUCUGAUUCAAAAGAUGAUUCAGAUAACUCAGAAUCGUUUUCGGAUUAA